AUGGCUUCGCCGAUGAUCCAGAGCUACGAGAAGCACAUGGCAAUGGAUGUGGAAGCUGUGCUUCACAUGAAAGAAGGCCUAGGAGAGACUAGUUAUGCCCAAAACUCCUCUCUUCAGAAGAAAAGCAUGGAGGCAUUAAAGAAAAUCAUAAUGGACUCAGCGCUAGAUGUCUACAUUACUCAGAGCCCCGAAAGCUUCACAAUCACCGAUCUCGGCUGCUCCUCGGGGCCUAAUGCAUUGUUCAUAGUAGGAGAUAUCAUCAAAACAAUUGCAGGGAUUUGCAAAAUGUUAUCCAAGCCAACUCCGGAGUUCUCAGUGCACCUCAAUGAUCUCCCAACAAAUGACUUCAAUGCCAUCUUUGUGAGCUUCCCGCAAUUCGUCGAGGACCUUAAAAUCGGUGCAGAAGAAUCUGACCGUCCAUCGGUAUAUCUAGCCGGCCUUCCUGGCUCAUUUUACGGGCGGCUUUUCCCGCGAAAGUCCCUACAUUUUGUGUGCUCUUCCUCUAGCUUGCAUUGGCUCUCUGAGGUUCCUUUAGGGCUUUUUGAUGAUCGCGGCGAGCCGAUAAACAAAGGGAAGAUGUAUAUAUCUCACACGAGCCCUCCGAUGGUGGCGACAGCCUACUUUGCGCAAUUUCAGAAGGAUUUCAGCCUCUUCCUCAGAUCAAGAUCAGCAGAAGUCGUCUCCGGCGGGCGGAUGGUUUUAGCCAUGCUAGGAAGGCAGACUCAAGACCAUGCAGAUAAGAGAACAAGCUUCUUGUGGGAACUUCUGGCUCAGUCAUUUGCUAUAAUGGUGUCACAAGAAAUAGUCAAGCAGGAGAAGGUGGACGCAUACAAUGUUCCGUUCUACGCUCCGUCGAUGGCGGAAAUCGACGACGAAGUAAGCAGAGAAGGAUCUUUCACCAUUGAUCAGAUACAAACAUUUGAGGUGGACAUCAGCAGUGGAGAUGCUGAGCAAGAUGGAAGGAUCAUCUCAAUGGCAAUUAGAGCUAUCCAGGAGUCGAUGAUUCGCCACCACUUCGGAGGGGAGAUUAUUGACACCCUGUUCCAGAUUUACACUGAACUGCUCACUGAAUCAAUGGGGACAGAAGCUGCAAAGAGUGUUCAGAUAUGUGUUGUCUUGAAAAGAAGGUAGUUAUAUGCUGCAAUACCAGUCUGCAAAUGUCAUCAUAAAAUUGUAGUAUCCUGCUAUACUUCAAAUGAAGGGAAAACUCCCCAUACCCCCGCCGUUCUUUGCCCCUUUUUCACUUUAGUAUCUUAUAGUUUUAACUGUAUAACUUAAGUACCCUGUGGUUUCUGUUUUCGUUUUUCCAUUACACCCCUCAUUAUCUUCUCCGUUGAAGCUGUCAUGUUCCACGCAUGUGUGUCGUAGAUCGUCGCUUUUUCACUAUUGGAGACUCCAAGAACGACGAGGAAUAUGCCACAAGGAGUCUCAUGCCUUUCUUAUCAACCUCUGUGGUGCAUUUUCCGACACGCGUGCACGGCACAUGAUGAUUUUGAGGGAAAAGAUUUACAGGGUACGGUUCAAAUUACAUAGCUACUAAAAUGAAAAGGCGGUAAAUGAAAAAUUGGGGUAUCUGAAGUUUUUUCCGUAAAAUGAAUGCGAGGUUUGCAGCAUAGCAGUACAGCAUUCAUAGAAAGAUUUUCAAGAACAAAAACAGGUGUAGUGCAAGAUGAUUCCUAACACACAAUUCAGUUGUAGAUUGAUUGAAUUAUUUGGCCAUGAUUUUGGAAUGCCAAAAAGUAACCAAACUAUUUUGACUUCUGCAGAAACCUAGGAUUUCGAAUUCGACCUGACAUCAAAUAGGAUGAAGAGGACUAGGAUCCUCGUUCGACACGAAUAUGUUGUAUGGUUUAGACGUAGAUUUGGACUUCCAUGGUUAUAAAAACCGAGACCGAAGGCAAGGCAUCUUCUCAACACAAUUCAAUCCUCUUAGCACUAGUUUUCAAAACAGUCAUUUUGAUAGGGAAAUCUGUAGGAGUAGCGUAAAUGUAGCCUUCGGACAUGCACUGCAUCAGCAUGCACUCUAUGAUAUCCUGUGCCCCGGCACUUAUAUCCUCGAUGCGAGCUAUCCCUAUGCCGGAGAGACUAUUGCAGCCACCAUUCAGAUUUCUUUGAGAUUUGUGUAUAUCAUGUAAUGGACGGUGGAUUCCAUAACCACAUCGUGGUAA